AUCUACAACAUAUGUUUAUUAAAAAGCUGUGGUAAUGUGGGUCAAAAUCACUGUACCUCCGUCGAUGUUUCCGUCACAGCGAAGAGAAAUAGAGGGGGUUAAACCAGACUGAACAUCAAGCCAGUGCUAGAAAUACGAAACAAUAAUAAUAAAAGAAACACUGGAAAAUUGCACGAACCCUGCGUGUGCGCGUACGAUAGUUACCACUCGCGGCAGCUCUCCAGUCCAGCUGUACUGUCCAUGACAGGUGGGGACAUAUGAAUCUCCACCUAUCACGAAUACCCUAUUCCGCUAAGCUCACCCGCCCGCAAAAACACCACGGGCGCGGGCGCGGAGACCGACCACCACGGCACCACCUCCACCUCCUCCGGUUGCCUUCGGCCUCGCCUCCCCUCCGUCCUCCCCGUCUCCAGCCUCCGGGACCGGAAGCUCCACGUGGCGCGGCAGCUCGUACCCGGCGUCUAUGGCGGCGGCAGAAGUGUACUCGCCGACCGCGGCGGCGGCGGCGCAGCAGCAGCGGGAGAAGGCGGCGUCGCAGGCGUGGCGGACGGUGGUAGGGUGGAUCGGCUUCCUUGUUCAGGUUCUGCUCCAGAUCCUUCGAGGCACGCCGUCCUGCGCCCAGCUCUUAUCCUUCGUCGGCGUCCGCUACCCGCUCCUCUCCGGGCCCACAGCCUCGAACCCGUCGCCGGAGGUGGCCUUCAUGCCGCUCCGCUCCGAGAUCCCAGCUGACGCGGCACCUGCCCCGACACCUGCGCCUGAGCCCCUGGGCCGCCUCAAGGUAGUGCUUGACUUGGAUGAGACUUUAGUUUCUGCAUAUGAAUCAUCUAGUCUUCCUACUAUUGUACGUACACAAGCUGUUGAAGCAGGAUUACAUUGCUUUGAUAUGGAAUGCAUAUCAUCUGAUAAGGAUGCUGAAGGAAAACAGAAGGUGAAUCAUGUGACUGUUUUCGAGCGUCCUGGUUUGCAUGAGUUCUUGCAGAAAACUAGUGAAUUUGCAGACCUUAUCCUUUUUACAGCAGGUUUAGAAGGUUAUGCUAGACCUUUAGUUGAUCGAAUAGAUGUUCACAAUAGAUUCAGACUUCGUCUCUAUCGCCCAUCAACUGUUACCACGGAAUACAGAGAACAUGUGAAAGAUCUUUCUUGCGUGUCAAAAGAUUUCGGCAGGAUUGUCAUUGUCGACAACAAUCCGUUCAGUUUCAUUCUUCAGCCUUUGAAUGGAAUACCUUGUGUUCCAUUUUCAGCUGGACAACAUUCUGAUGACCAGCUCAUGAUGGUUAUAUUUCCACUCCUGAAGCAUCUUUCUCUCCAGAAAGAUGUCAGACCUGUAUUGCAUGAAAGGUUUCAUAUGCCAGAAUGGUUCCAAAAGCAUGGGAUCCCCCAAACUAAUCAGUCUGUGAUCAUCGACGAGCGGAGGAGGAGGUUGAAGUCUGAUGUGGUUGAGAUGUUGACAUGCAUUAAAAAUUGGGAGGAUGCUGAAGCAAGGAUGCAACACAUGGUGGAUGACAAAGAGCUUGAAGAAACAUUUGAAAAUGUUUAUCUUGAUUAGUCUCUUUGUGACCAUUUGUGCAAUGGGACUGUAAUAUUAUGCACCUGAACUUUGUUUAUUGUAAGGACAGUGAACUUUUUAAUGAGUUGGGUUGUACUCUUUUUUCCUGUCUAAGGUUUCUCACAAGGGUGAGUUUUACCUAGACAGGUUUUUAACGAGGCAGCCAUUGCACUACAGCUCAUAAUAAAAAUGUUUUAAUAAACAUAGCAGUUUGAAGUUGUA